CCCAAUUUAGAAAAUAAAAAUAAAAAAGAAGCUCUCGAAUUGAAACCCUAAUUUUGAGAAAUCAUAAACCCUAAAUUAAAUUAAGAGGAGCUCCUUUUUCCAACUCUUAUGCCCGAAACCCUAAACCCUGCUCUCCUCGCAUUAAGGCCCCGCCCAGUUGUUCUUCUCUGUAACCAAAAGAUGACUCGCAAAACCCUAAAUUCCGACCAGAAAUCUCUUCUCCUUCACUCCGUCGCUCGUUUUCUCGACCGCAAUGGCUUCUCCAAAACCCUCAAGAAGUUUCGCUCCGAAUCCCAAAUUCAGAUAGAUGCUUUGAAGGAGUCGUUGGUGGAUUUGGAAGAACUUUACAUCAAGUAUAUCGAAAUGUGUGAUGAUGCCAAGGCAAGUUUCAAGAGCCAAAAGGAACAAGAUAAGCAUAUUCACACAGAUGAAGGAAAGAAACUUGAACUGCAGCCGGAGGAGCCUGGUAAAAAUAACAAGGACAAAAAGAAGAAGAAAAAUAAGUCCAUUUCUGAAUCAGAAUCACUGCCCAUUACAGCUGAAGGAAAAAUUGCAGAUGUAUCUUUAGAGGGAGAAAAUAUUACUGAUUCUGAGAAGAGUAAGAAAAAAACCAAGGACAAGGAGCAAAAGAAGAAGCCGUCAACACAUGAUUCUCUUGUUGAUAAUGUCGAUUCCGGAGCUGUGAAUUCUACUGCAUCAGUGGAAGCGAAAAUUUCCAAGUCUAAAACUAAGAAGAAAAAGAAGGAUGAUUCGAAGGAUAUAACUCUAAAUCGUUCUGCAGGGGAUGAUUCCAAAAUGUCUGGUGUGGAUGUUACUGGGGAGGAUAAUAAAGUUACUUCUAAGAAGAGAAAAAGAUUGGCGUCUGAUGAAAAUGAUUUGAAGCCUACAGAUACAACAGCAACUGAAGAAUCUAAAGACGGAAAGAUUGAAGGUAUAGUUGAAAAUGGAAACAUAAACAAAAGUGCUGAGGAAUUUUCUGCACAGAGAACAGCGAAGAAACAACGUAAUGGCUCUGCUGAGCCAAAGACUGUUAAUGCAUUUCAAAGGGUGAAAGUUGAUGAGGUGGAAUUUGCCAAUGAGAGACUCAAGGAUAAUUCCUACUGGGCAAAGGGCGGUGCUGAGAUUGGUUAUGGUGCGAAGGCACAAGAAGUUCUAGGGCAAGUUAGAGGAAGAGAUUUCCGGCAUGAAAAGACGAAGAAGAAGCGUGGAAGCUACCGGGGAGGGCAGAUCGAUUUGCAAUCACAUUCCAUCAAGUUCAACUAUUCGGACGAUGAAUGACCAGAACCAUUUCCAGCGGCAGCGCUUCAUUUUUGCUCCUCCAUUGGCUUCCUUUCAGUACGUUAUAACAUAUAAGUCGAACAUUUGUUCAUGGAACAGAAAUGGUAUUUUGGUGUCACUGUUGUUGCCUCCGUAUUGUUCCAUGUUUAAACAAAAUUUUGAAGAAACCUAACGUGGAGAGACGUUUCCCCCCAUUUUUUCUUGUUAUAUAUAGAUUUUGGUGUGCCCAAGUCAAACCAAGGAUUCUCCACUAAUAUGGCGUUUAUUUUUAAUAGUGUAGUAGUUUAGCAUGUGAUCACCAUUAAAAUACAAACUCAAGGAGCAACAUUUACCACAUUUAAACUGGAUAUUAGCA